CGUCGUCUCCGUCCUCGCCGCUCCCGCCCCCCUCCUCCCGCGACAAUGGAGAUCGUGCGAUCUCAGAGGAAACCCUCCAUCGACGCGUCCCCGACCCCAACCCUCUCCCUCUACCGCUCCGCUCCUCCCCUCGAGGUGCGCCUCGAGGAUUUCGAGCUCUACGCCAUCGAUCGCCUCCGCGUUCUGAAGGGGAUCUCGGAUGGGUUGGCCCGGGGGAAGAAGCCCGAAGAAAUGGAAAAUUUGGUCAGGGAGCUGUGGAAGACGAACAUGCGGCAUCAGGAUCCGGCCGAGGUUAUGAAUAAGGACAUAAUAUCGCACUUUGUGCUUCGCCUUGUGUAUUGUAGAACUGAGGAGCUGAGGAAAUGGUUCCUUUCUAUGGAGACCACUUUAUUCCGCUACCGUUUUCGCCUUGAAAGCCUCGAAUCGCAGAGGAUGCUCAUGACCGAGUUUCAGCUCCCUUAUAAAGCUCUAAUUCAUGCAGAAUAUGAGACUGUGAAGGACAAAUUGGUGCAAGUUGCACGUUCAAUUGGUCAAUCUUCAAACACUGACACUAUUUUUUUCAAGGUCCCUUUUGAAGAAGUUCCAGACCUGGUUGGCAGCCGCAGAGUAUUUAUCCUAAAAGGUUUUGCUUAUGUUCCCAUGAAUCAGGUGGUUUCCCUUGUUGUUACCCAAUUCCGCAGCAAUAUUUCCAAGGCCCUUGUAUUGACCAAUAGGAAAUGGACAUCUACCAUAAAGGAGCAGGAGAAGGAUAGGUUGACUCCCAUUGUUGAAGCAUUAAGCAACAGCUAUUUGGGGCCUGAUUACACUCAGCCAAAUGAAUCGGCCGAAAUAUCUUUAAAGGACAUAGAUCAGCUAGCUAGUAACUCUUUUCCUCUUUGUAUGCGCCAUUUAUUUGAUAAGUUAAGGGAAGAUCAUCAUUUGAAGCAUGGAGGCAGGAUACAACUUAACCUUUUUCUUAAGGGUGUUGGAUUAAAGUUGGAUGAUGCUCUUGCUUUUUGGAAAGAGGAGUUCUCUAAGAAGGUUGGUGCUGAGAGGUUCGACAAAGAAUACGCUUACAGCAUUCGCCACAAUUAUGGCAAAGAAGGAAAGAGGACAGAUUACACUCCAUUCGCCUGUCAAAAGAUCAUUUCAUCGACACCUAGUGUUGGUGAUCACCAUGGUUGUCCUUACCGACACUUCAGUGAGGAGAAUUUGAGAGCUGCACUUAAUAAAAUGGGGGUUGGAGGACGACAACAGGAUGAAGUUAUGGAUAAAGUUCGAAAUCGGCAUUACCAGUUAGCUUGCACAUUGACUUUUGAAGCUAUCCACGGCACAUCAUGUGAUACUGGUAUCAACCAUCCAAAUCAGUACUUCAGCAACAGUCAGAAAAUCCGGCAAGAGAAGAUCCAGGCCACAACCUAAAUUAAUUGCCUUCCUGUGGUUUAAAAAGGUCUCCCUCAAUUGUCUCAGUUGUGUGAAAAUGAUUGACCUGGAAGUGUGAAUCUGAAAGCGGCAUGUUCGGACUUUGGAGCAGGAGCACGGCAUGAUCCGAGCUUCACGGAACGAGAUGGAGGCGCAGCCCGUGAGAAAACGUAACUGUUGUGGUCCAGCACCGGCGCCAUCGUUGCAACUUGGAAAUGCUCCUGUAUCAGUUUGCAUGUCUAUUUAUCGUACUAGGUGUUUUGGAUUAUUAUUAUUAUUAUUAUUAUUAUUAUUAUUAUUAUUAGCUCAAGCAUUAUUAUAUGUUCUUGGACUUGUACUAUUGAGGAUAAUUGUUUUCAAUGGAAUGCCACGGAAAACUGAAAUUUGAAAUCCAA